ACAACUGUAGGGGCACUUACAAUGGCAAAAACUUAGGUGCCCUCUUAGAUCCCCUUCUGAAGUAAGAAGACUAUUUCAUCAUACUUGAUGCAUUAAAGCUUUUGGGCGUUGGUGGGGCCCCGUGACAUGAAUUAGGAGCCCUUUUCAUUUUUUCGGCCCUGCCCCUCAAUCAGCCUGAGCCCGCCCCUGGUCGGGUUGAGGGAUCCUGCUAAUGUUCAAUUUAGUUCGCCCAUGACUUCAUCACUGUGCGUGGACGGGAUUAGGUCAGGCAGACCGGAAACAGGAUCCGGAUACCAAAAUAAAAGCAUCAAAAAGAGAGACAGGGGAAAGCGGUAAACUGCGGCGGCGUCGGCGUUGCUAUGGCAACCGCAAGAGCGUCAAGGAGCGAGGAGCAGGAGAAAAGUAGAGAGGACAGAGGAGGUCGCAAGUCUGUGCUGGGUUUGUACGACACCGGCGGUGGGCUGUGUCCUCUUGCUGGAAGAUGACGGACUCGGUGGUCCUCCAGUGGGACGCGCCGCCCCACCAGCGAACCGCGGAGCUGCAGCGGUGCAGCGGAGACGAGCUGGAGGCGGAACUGAAGGAGAUCCUGGGCUUUAGGAACCAUCACACCUGUAUGAAGGAAGCUGCCCUGCUGGAUUACUAUGUCUGUGGUGUCUGUUGGGCUAAAGAGGCCAACUUUACCCCCGCACAGACCUCCUUCACUAUAGCUGUGCUACACAUGCUGCUGGACAACAUAAGAGAGAAACAGAUGGGUUUAGUGGAGAACCUGAUGGAGUUUGCUAAGGCCCUAGCUGCCGCCUGCCAGUGCUUGUCGUCAGAGAAAGACACCACUUCACUUCUGAACAGAGAAGAAGCCAAAGAGCUCAUAAGUUACAUCAGAAACAGUUUUUUCCAGAAGUACACACUCUUCGAGCUCCUCCUCACCACGCCCAGAGAAGAAUUCCUGACAGGCAUGGAGAGGACCAUUGAGGUGUUCAGUUGUCAGGAGAAUACUCUCACCCCAUUGGAGGAAGGCAUCUCCACUCAUCUCUACUUCCAGUUACAAGACCCUUUGUGUAACCCAGAGAAAUGAACAGUGGAGCACACUUGAAACGACCCCACAGCGGAGAGGAAGCAAGAGCGAGAGAACUUCAUAUACGCACUGGAAGGGGUUGAUAAAUCAAAAAACAAAGGGUUUGAGACAAAAGAGGAGCUGCAGGAAUGGACCGUGUGAGGAAACGUGUGAUGUGUUUAUUGAACAUUAGAGCAUAUAAACCUUUACAAGUAAUAACCCAAAUUAAGAGUUAUGAACUUGAAUAUGAGCAUAAUAUGUCUCAUUUAAUAUCACUAAUCAAUCCCAAUCUAAUAACUGACCAUUCAAGUCUAAUAAAAACAGCUGAUCCGUCUUUCAACAAUACUGUACCUUCAAUGCUGUCAUAAUAUGUAUCACCAUUCUUUUUCUUUUGUUUCUUUUCUUCUAAUAAACCUACAGGAAAACACAA